CAGCUUUGUUCAUGAGCGUGGGAACAGCAUUCACACCCCAAACACACUGUCUGAAGAAGAUGGCAUUUGGUACGUGGUCAUUUCCUGUAUUAAAACCACUAUUGUAGUUAAAGUAGCCGAGCGGUGCAGCACUGCUGUAGUGUUUCUACAGAGACGCAGUAAUUCAGUGUUUCAGUCUUUUAGAGAUUAGACAUGUCUCUGAGUGUUUAUGAGGAUCUGAUCUACUUUGAGGAGCUGAACAGAGCAGAUCGAGACGAGAUAACGGUGGUUAUAUAUGAGAGUUCAGACGCUGUUAGAGGCCUCGACCCCAACACUGAAGUGGAGGACGCCAACAUGAGGAGGAUCCUGAAAACACAACAAGCAGAGAGUCGCUCUGCAGGAAGCAGACGCUACAGACUGGCUGCAGUGGGUCUGGGUCUGCUGUGUGUUCUCCUGCUGACUGCCAUCACAGUGCUGUGGAUCCAGUUCAACCAACUGACUGCAGAGAGAGACCAGUUACAGACCAGUUACACCAACCUGACUGCAGAGAGAGACCAGUUACAGACCAGUUACACCAACCUGACUGCAGAGAGAGACCAGUUACAGGCAGAGAGAGACGGGCUCCAGAGAAGGCUUUCUGAACAGGAUAAAGUUAGAGACGGGUGGAUCAACUUCAACUCCAGUCUUUACUACGUCUCUACUGAGAUAAAGAUCUGGAGUGAGAGCAGAGACGACUGCAGAAAGAGAGGAGCAGACCUGGUGAUCAUCAACAGCAGAGAAGUCUUCAUUAACACAUUGAGAAAAGGUCAGGCGGUUUGGAUUGGUCUGAGUGACGGUGAAACAGAGGGGGUCUGGAAAUGGGUGGACGGAUCAGAACUGAUCACUCGGUUCUGGAGACCUGGAGAACCCAACGGUUAUGGAGAUGAGGACUGUGUUUUAUACGGCUAUGGGUUUGAUCCUGUGAAGAACUGGGCUGAUUAUCCCUGUAAUAACCAGUUCUUUUGGAUCUGUGAAAAGAGAGUAUAA